CGCACUGGACUUUAGGGCUUGACCACGUGUAAAAACAACCCGUUGAUUGUUCCUGCCCGAUGAGUUUGCUGUUUUGUCCUUUAUUAUUAUCUGUAAGGAAGCCUUGUUGGUCCACAUCCUGAUAUGUUUUAAUAACUUUCGUGAAAUGCGUUUAUUUAGACUUUCUUUGAUGUUAUCUGCGUGUUGCCAGUUGGCAGACUGUCGGACGUUUUCAGACGUGUAUUUGCAUCAGGAUCAAUGGCGUCCCAUGUAAUGGACUGGGUCACCUCUGGUUCCCACAGUGUUUUGUGUGCAACAGCCCUGCACUCCUCCUAUAGACUCUUUAAGGACCACAGGGGGCCCUCUGUUGGCUUCUUCCUGCUCGGGUUCUCUGCAACUCUUUGCCUUUUCCAUGCCUCCACACUUCAGAGAGAAGCAGAAUGGACCGGGGAGGUUCUGGCUCCGGCUUUGGUUUCCUUUGACCUCCUGUGGCUCAGUCAGGACCACAACACGGCUCGUGUUCUCCUGUGCGGCUCCUGUCUGCUUCUUGGACUCUCAGACUGGCUCUCAGCAGAGACGCUCACUGUCCUGACUCGCUCCCUCGGGCUGUCUUCUCUGUCCUGCUGCCUGACUGUGUGUCUGUUUUCAGGGAAUGCAAUAGGGGCCGCAGGCGGCGUGGCCCUCAGCCUCCCGUUACUUCUGGCACAGAGGGCCGACACGAACGCUUUUUCUCUUCUGAUUUCUCCACCUGCUGCAGAAGGACUUAUGAAAUAUCUUCUAAAGGGGUCGUUGUCAAUAGGCUGUUGGCUUUCUACAAAAGCCCUCAACAAGUUUCUGUUGGAUGUGACAGACCAAUAAAUGUGUAAAUUAGCGGUGGUUUUUGUUUUGCAGAGGUAAAGUGUUCAUUACAAAAGGUAAAGGGACACGAAAUAACCUAACUUGGCUGAACAGAUUAUCUAAAAACAAUGUACAUUUUCACCAUUAUAAGGUUGAACACUUUUUUACAGCAGCAGACACUUUUUUGUUGCUGUAAUUCACAUAUUUUCUGUGAGUUUUUGACAUUUACUUUGCAGCAGGGAACCUCCAGAAAGUUAUCAGAGGGUUUUCCAGAAGUUGGCCUAUGAUAUUCUUAGGAUAGCACACUAAUACCAGAAUCCACAACACAAUUUCAGGAAUUCAACUACAAUAGUUUUAUGCAUAUUUAUUUACAAUCUUUUCAUUUAAUAACAUUAUGGUAUCGGCUCUGUGUUUUUGUAUACUUAAUGUUUACGACCUGUUGAAGACCAGAUCAUUUGUGUAUUAAUAUUGUAGAAUUGAUAUACAAUAUUGUAACUAAUCCAUUUUUAAGCUGCCUUUUAUCUCUAAAAUCCUGAGAAAAUAGUUUGAAAUGAGCUCAAAAUGUUUUUUGGGGAUGACUGUAUUGAUGAUGACAUUUAGUUGGGCAUUAAACCUUUAAAAGGCUCUUUUUUUAGAGGGUGAAAUGACAUUUGAAUUGUUGAUUUAAGAUAGUUAAGAUAGAUUUUUGAUAGUUUUGUGGAUCUGAGUGUUGCUUUUUAGACAACAGAUUACCACAUUUAUAUGUCCUGUUUCAUAUGUAUUUAUUUUCUUAAUUUUUGUGUUCAUAUUUCACUGGUUUUUUUUUAUUAUAAAUACAAUUUAUUCCUGUUAACUUAUCACUUUGUUUUAUUAUGUGGAUUUGUUGUUUUAUUACUUUUGGUUGUGGUCUGCCUUUGCCAUGCAGCACUGUUUUUUGUAGGGUAUUUUUUUGUGCAGUGUAAAUCAAGAUCAUUUCUGUCUUCCAAUGCAUGCGUAAAAACGGAUAAAGGGAAUUUUAAUAAAAAGCAGAAAGAUUUCAGUUGAUCCUGAGAUCAACUGAUAAAGGCCUCCUUAGGAGAUGAGUUUGAUCCCUUGGUAGCAAGAUAAAGAAAUCAGGUUUGCCUUAAAGCUUUUGCACAGUAUUACAUGAGCUAAAACUAAAUAAGUAGGUCUAACUGAUGUUUUGCUAAUUAACAUUUUAAAAAACUAGGACGUCUGUUGGAAAGCAGUCCCUUGCAGUAAGUCCAUUGUUUUAAUGCCAGAUAUUAUUUUAAUGAAAUUUGCUGAAACUAAGUUAGACUUCAUUUGAAUAUCAAAUGAUCUGGGAUUGAAUAAAAACACAUAAAUACACAAAACCAGUGUGAUAAUUCCCAGCUGUGCGUUCAAAUUCUCCGUUGUUUUGUUGCAGUGAUAAAAACUGAAAAAUGUAGGAGUUGCAGGUAAAAGUCUAAAUAUUCUUUUUUGUGUUUUCUAAGUUUCUGUCUGUUUUUGCUUAAUUCUUGUCAAGUUGGUGUUGCUAAUGUCUGUUUUUACCUGCUUGUGUUUUUAUUUUGGACUGAGGCAAGCAGAAACACCCUUUGCUUCCAGAGUUUAGGAAGCCUUUGCGCUGCAGCCUCAGCACUCUCAGAAAUAUCUGCAGUGGUCAAAGCUCUACCUUUAUCUCCGUCAUAGUUUGAUGCUCAUCACAUCUCUGUUUUGCAGUGAGCUACAGGAAAAGAUGCUGCAGCUUGUCUCCCAGGGUUUCAGCGGCUGCCUAAACUGGUUCACUGCAGUAUAUGUAAAACAUCUGUGGCUCCAAUCCAAACUCUGAGGGGAAUGUUGGAAAUGGUUUUUCUUUUUUGCAUUCUAAGUCAUUUCAGGACAUAUUAGUCGUAAAGACGAAUGUUUAUAGAGUUGCCUGUUCCUUUCUUAUUUUUACUGUAAAAAUGUAUAUAUUUCAAAAGUAAUUAGUCUGUCUUAUGACCAAAACAAGUCGUUGUAUUGCAAUCACAAACUUCAGUAUUUUCUAUUAGGGAUUUUCCACCGUUACUCUGGUUGUAUGUUUGGGGUCGUCCUUCAUCAGAUGAAGGUUGACCUUCAUCCUCACCCCAAACCUUCUGCUGCUUCAGAGUUAUGCGCAGUGUUAGUUCUCCACCUCACAUUGCAUUUACUUUCAGAACUAAAAGUUGAAUGUUAGCAGUGUUGGAUCUCAUAAAGAUCAGAUUUGCUGAGUGUGCAACAGACAGCUGUUGCGUUAAAUUCUGCUAUGGGUUGUGGAUUUCUGCAGCUCCUCCAGAAUUACCAGGGGCUCUUUGAAUGCUCUUCUUGUCCAGCCUGCCAGUUUCUGCAGAUGGCUAUUUUGGCCAGCGUUGUCAUCAUUGGCUCUAUCACCCCAUUCUCUCCAUAAAAUCUGUCUGCAUCUGCAGCUGCACCACUGCAGCGGCUCAGGAAGCCGUACUGAGCAUGCUCCGUGGAGCUGCAGCUGGUGGAUGGAGCAAAGUGGAGAGAAGGAGAAAAGGAAGGGGAGGAGAAAGGAUGAGGAGAACAGAAUGAGCCAGGCGGUGCAGGGAUCUUCUAGCAGCUCCUGAGAAAAGGAGCUGCAUGGGAGGAGUUGGGAUUGACAACACAGAUGGACCGUGACAUCGGAAUACAAAGGGCUGGAAUCACAGGCUCCUAUUAUCGGGAGGGAGAAGUCGUUUGAUGAGGAGCUCUCUGACAGCGUGGCGAUGUACGCCUUCUAUUCGCUUUUAGUCUACAUCUUCUACACUGUCUUCAGGAAGGAGGAGGAGGAGGAAGAAGAGGAGAAAGCCUUGGAUGGAGCCUGUGGAGCUUCCCCAGAUGAGUCAGAACCUGUUUCCAUGGAAACAAGGAGCAGGAGACGAGAUGGCCAUGCCUCCAGAACAAAAAAAUCUUGUGCUCGAUUUAGUGAAUCAAGCAGCAGCAGCGACAGUGAAGAACUGAGUGAUGAAGAUGAGGAUAAUGCCCCAGACAUCCCAGCAUGCACUCCUCUGGCAGCUUUUUUGUCUUUCAAACAGGAGACAGAGAAGAGGAGAGCCUCUCAGGUUCAGCCGGAGGCAACAGGAAAGUUGGCUGAGUCUCCCCUGGUGGCAGUGAUGUCCCACUUGCUAAGCUUUCUGGAGCAGUACUCCCACUUCCAGCAGCUGCAGCAGCAGGCCGACCAGUACCGGGUCCAGCUGAAGAGGCACCGCGUCCAGCACCGCCAUCAGAUGAAGACUCUGCGGGCCUCCUACCGCCAGCGCAUCAGAGACAAGAACAGCAUCAUAAGCAGCCUGGAGGAGGCCAUCAGUCAGCAGCAGAGUCCCAGCCCCCUGAGCGAGGGUGAGUGUAGCAGUGAUGUGGGGAAUCCAGCUGGUCUCCACCGGCUGGUGGAGUCCCUGUAUGGGCUGCAGGGGGAGAGAAGCAAACUGAGAGGAGAGCUGCGUCUGCUGCACUCACAGCUGGAGCAAAAAGAAAGAGACAGGCAUACCCGCAUACAGGCCUUUCAGCAGCAGAUUGAUGAGCUGAAGAGCUGCAUAGAGGAGCGUGAGGAGGAGCUAUCGAGACUGAGAACAGCCACUGGAGCCACGGACUCAGAGAAGCGAGUUCUCUGUCUGUCGGCUGAGAACGAGAGCCUGAAGCAGAGCCUGAGCGUCACACAAGGCCUCCUGCAGCAACUGUCGGUCAUCCCGUCUCAAUCCAACACCAUGCUCAUCAAGGAGAACGAGAACCUUCGUGGCCGAGUUCAGCAGCUGGAGACGUCCCUGCAGCAGCGGGCUGAGCAGCUCUCACAGCUGGAGAGGAAGAGCGAACACAGGGAGUGGAGAAGAGGAGAGGAGCUGAGAAAACGGGAAGACAGAGUGAGGGAGCUGGAGCUGGAGCUGAAUAAAGAAAGAGGAAAGGAGCCAGUUGUGAAGUACGUCACGCAGACAGUAGAGGUGGAAUCGCCGGCCACAGUGAAGCAGCUGACCAAAGCCAGACAGAGGAAUGAGGUGCUGUCUGAAAGGCUGUCCAGUCAGAAUGAGAGGUGCAAACAGCUGGAGGAACAGAUCAGGAAGUCGGAUGAAUAUAGCUGCAAUCUGCAGCACAAGAUUGCAGCGUACGAACGAGAAAUUAGUCACCUGCGAGAGGAACUGCUGAAGGAGAUCGGCCACUUGGAAGAGAGAAAGGAGGAGGCGGUGAAGGCUGCUGCCAGCUGCUCCGCUGAACACUUUCAGAACCUGCAGGACCAAUUCUUCACUUUGCAGAAGCGUCUAACAGCUCUCCCUCCAACCUUGCGCUCCAUGAAGACAGACUAUGCCAGCCUAAGGAGUCAAGUUCGGAACUUCUCAGAGUUUUACAGUGCAGCUAUCAAUGAAGCCAAAAAGCAGAUCUCAGCAGCUAUCAGUGAGAUGUCUGAAGCCAACAAGGACCUUCUGGAGAAAUACAGGAAGGAAGUGGCCCUGCGUAGGAAGCUCCAUGAGCAGCUGGUGGAGCUGAAAGGCAACAUCCGUGUGCUGUGCCGGGUCAAGCCUGUGCUGAAGGAGGACCAGCAUGAGGAAGGCCAGUCUGUUGUUGUGACGACGGACCCCAACAACGAGUCCUCCCUCACUGUGUUGAACAAGGGAAAAGGUCGCAGCUUUGAGUUGGACAAGGUCUUCCAGCCACGCGCCACACAAGAAGAGAUCUUUCAGGAGAUUGAACCUCUUGUGACGUCCUGCAUUGAUGGCUACCAUGUCUGCAUAUUUGCAUAUGGGCAGACAGGCUCUGGAAAAACCUACACCAUGGAGGGCAGUGUGGAAAACCCAGGAAUCAACCAGCGAGCUCUGAAACAUCUCUUCAGUGAGAUCGAAGAGAGAAAAGACAUGUGGUCCUACACAGUCACAGUCAGCUCUGUGGAGAUUUACAAUGAGGUGCUGAGAGACCUGCUGAGUAAGGAUGGAGAGAAGUUGGACAUAAAGAUCAACCCAGAUGGAACGGGACAGCUGCACGUUCCAGGCCUCAGGGUUAUAGAAGUUAGGAACUUUCAGCACAUUAAGAAGAUUUUAGCCAUGGCUCGUAGGAACAGGAUCACUUUUGGCACUCAGAUGAACCAGCACAGCUCACGCUCCCACGCUCUGCUGUGCAUCACCAUCCAGGGUACUGACCUUGCCUCUGGCUCCAAAACCACCGGUAAGAUGAACCUGGUGGACCUGGCCGGCUCCGAGCGGGUCUGGAAGUCUGGAGCCGAAGGGGAGCGGCUGAAGGAGGCCCAGAACAUCAACCGCUCCCUGCUGGCGCUCGGGGACGUCAUUCAGGCUCUUCGGGGUCGGCACACCCACAUCCCCUUCAGGAACUCUCGCCUUACCUACUUAUUACAGGACUCCCUCGGCAAAGGCAGCAAGACCGUCAUGGUGGUGCAGGUGUCUGCGCUGGAGAGCAACGUGGGUGAGACGUUAUGCUCUCUGAAGUUUGCUCAGAGGGUUUGUAAAGUGGAGCUGGGCCCUGCAGCCAGGAAGAUCGAAUCUGGCGGAGGCCAGUGUGACUGACGGUCUUGAAUCCACCACAGAGUCCUACAGUAUUAAAGCACCUGGCAAAAGUAUUCACACUCCUUGAAUUUUUCCACAUUAUGUAAAGUUAUAGCAUUUACUGUAUUUUAUUGGGGUUUUAUUUGAUAAGAUCAGCACACGGUUGUGAAUAACUGUGAAGUGCGUCUGUAAAAGGUGCCCAUUUUACAACUGUGCUGCAUGCAUGUAUGCUUUAGCCUCCUACAGAAAAUACUUUACAGAACUAGUUUUGCUUUAAUACACCAGCGAGGCUUUGGGGUAUGUCUAAUGAUUCUUCCUUGCAAAAUAUCUCAGGCUCAGUCUUUGCAGCUCUGAACAUCAAUUUUCAAGUUUUACCACAGAUUUUUAGUUGGAUUCUCAUCUUGGGCCUGGACAUUGACUAGGCCAUUUUAGCACAAUUAUGGGUAAUCCAUACAUUGUCUUUAGGCCCCUGCUGUGUAGUUGCUGUGUACUCUCGUUAGAGUACGAGAGUAAAGUAGUUGAAGACAAAUGCAUGAUGUGUUUAAAACGUACUGAAACCUUAAUUUUCUCCUCCUUCAAAAUGAUGCACUACCUUGUGUUUGUCUAUCACAUAAAACCCCAAUAAACGAUGAACAUUUUUGCAGUUACCAAUGUGAAAAACUUAUGAGGAGUAUGAAUACUUUUGCGGGCAUGCUCACCUUUAUCCCACCAGCUACUUUCAACACUAAAGUAUCAAAAGGAUCAGAUGCAAACCUGAUUAAGGGCUAAAUCUGUGGAGGUCUGCAGUUUGAGGUCAAGUUUUGUUCCUCUCCGCCAUAUUCAGUAAAAACCCUUUAUCAUUAGUUUACCUGCAUGCAGUCAGGAAUAUUUAUUCUGCCUCUCUCUCGGCUGAAAAACCCGAUGCUUCCUUGAAAUGCUGUUUAUUUUUAUUGUAUAGGAGAAUCUGGAUUUAAUCACAACCUCGGUGAUCGUCGCACUGUUUAGAGCUGUGUCAUGGUACACCCUGAUUCAGAGUCAUAGUAUCAGCACUUUAGUUUGUGCACCCUUUGCCACCCAUCUUGCUGUGGAUGUCUGUAGGCUGUGUCAUUGCUGAUGCAACGCAUUUUGAAGCUGUAGUGUGUAGGAACAGCUAAAUUAUGAGCUGCAGGUGCAUUUAAGACCCAUAUUUAUGUCGUUUCUGUGAAAAAUUCAAAAAGCAGUGACUGAACGCUUAGAUUCGCCUUGAUCAUUUGCCUUUACAGAUGCGAACAGAGGUUGUUUUGAGGGGAGCUGGUGGCCUUGUCUGAAAUAAACUGUGCAAUAACUCCUGAUGCAGGUGGAGUGGGCCUAGAGAUAGAAGAUGCACUUUAUUGUGAAAGAGCAGCAUUUUAGUUCAGCUUGCAAGAGAGGUUACUGGUGAAUGUUUCACAAAAUACUAAAAGCUCAUUUAUUGGUCAUAUGUGUUCAUCAGUUUUUAUCCAUUGAAUCAAAAUGUGCUUUUGAUUCUAAUGUAGCAAAACAUCAUGUAGCAGUUCCUAUCAGGAGGUAUUUCAGUGGUAGAGAGUGAAUCUUCAGGUAAUUUUCUGAAUAAAUGUGUACAGUAAUUAAAAUGUGUCUCAGUGUGUUCAGAAAAGAGUGAUCAGUAAAAAUGUAGUAAAACCCAAAAGAUA